AUGGUGUACAUUAAAGGAGAUGGGACAGUGGUGGAGCGCACCCCUUUCAGCUUGUUUGGAUGGUUCUGUGGCAUUGUGAACUUUAUCUUCUUAUUGUUCCAGACUCUGAUCAACCCUAACUACAGCAAGCAUGGAGACAAGUAUGUGAGAGACUUCAGGCCACCAGGCAGCGGGCCACCAAAACCACCAUCGAGGAAGUUCGGCGGCUUCGGACCCUCGGGCUCAGGUCCCUCUCCACCUCCAAUGGGAGGAUGCGGUUGUGGGUAA